AUCACGAUAACGCGUUGAUAUCGUAUAUCUUGAUUGUGUGUGCGCCAGUCCAGUAUUGUCUCCAGACAGAUCCCGUGUCACUUUUACUCCGUUUAUAAUACCAUAUAUUUACCAUGGAAACCGAUGACUUGUUGCUGUAUUUUGCUAUAGCAGCCGGUAUUGUUGGCGGUGCUCUGUUGCUGCUCUUCGUUUUAGUGUUCGUACUGUUUGUCAAAGUGAAUCGAUUAUCGAAAGAUGGGUUCAAUCAUCCGAACAGACAGAACAUGAUAGCGGACUAUUGUUACACGAAUCCUACAAUUGUGCCAGGAGAAUUGCUAUCGCGUCGAGGAUUUUCGAUGUAUAGCGGUUCCGAAAACAUUGACGAUGAUUACAGAACGAAGAGGGAUCAAUCUGGCACUUAUCUCGAGGCACGGUCAAAAUUUUGACACAAAACCAUAAGUAUAAACGAUUCAUCGAGUGCGUGACUUUGGAAAAUACAAAAGAUGGAUUAAUUUGGUGUUAUUGAUUAAUUAUACUCUUGUAUCGAAUGUUAAGUACGAAUGUCUACGAAUGUUAACAGAGGCGUUGUUCUGUUACGUUUGAAUUUAAUUACCAUCUGCCAUAAAAUUCAUUUAUGUAUAUAUAUAUUUAACUAUAUAUAAUAUCGCUUUUGUUAUAAAAUGAUCAAAUUAGAAGUAGAAACGUAUUUUUUAUGAAGUAUGGAAUAGUUAAUGGAAAAUAAUACGAACGAUGUAUAAACGUAUAGAUUUAUCUAUCAAUUUUUUUAUCUAUAAAUGAUAAUGUCUCGCUAAAAAUUCAGCUAUCUGGAAAUAGUACAUUCGAUUACCGAUAGAUUACGCUAUAUGCAUUAGUCACUCAGGGAAUUUGCUCACGAUGAUAAGAAUUAAAAAUCAGAAUAGAUGUAAAUAUAAUCUAUCGCAAUCUAUCGCAUAAUUCAAUUUAAAUCAUUACUAGAAUUGUCUAUAUUUCUCCACUAUUUCGCUUUCGUCUUUUUCCUCUUUCAGUCGUUUAUUUUUCGUUUCUAGUACGUAGUUGUUAGUGAUUGAAUUCCAAAGAUUCUUUACAUAAAAUAGCGUCUAUUAUGUUCGUAACGUAUAAUAAUUAUAAUAAACACUGUUGCGUUCCUUA